UUUGCAUGCUUGGAUGUGGAAGACAGCCAAAGCACACAAUAUCUCUACUCAAGUGUGAGAGUGAGAGUACAAUAUCUUAUAGUAUCACUGCGCUUUUGCUGUGUAUGUGUAUAUCUUUGUGUGUUUGCAUAAUGGGCCACGUUGUAGGGACAUCCAUUUUCACUAGCCAUGUGCUUCAACCACUCUUUGCUUUGAACACGUCUUGGCGAUCACUAUAAAUACCCUUCAAACUUGUUCGAAUAUAAUUCGUCUUCAAAGUUCUAUCUUAAUAUGGCUUAUAUACAAAGAGUUCCCGUUGCUGUUUUCUUAGUGUUGUUGGCUUUAGGCGUGUGUUCUGCUAGAAGGGGUCUGCUUACUUUUGAGGCUGGAGGUGGUUAUGGUUUAGGCCAUGGCAUUGUUGGUGGAGGCGGUGGAGGAGGAUCUGGUGGUAGUGGUGGAUAUGGAGGAGGAAGUGGAGGUAGUGGUGGAGGAGGAGCUGGAUAUGGAGGCGAGCAUGGAGUUGGAUAUGGUGGAGGGGGUGGGAAUGGUGGUGGUGGAGGUUAUGGUAAUGGAGGAGAGCAUGGUGGAGGUUAUGGUGGAGGUGCAGGAGGUGGAGGUGGAGCUGGUGGUGGUGGAGAACAUGGUGUAGCAUAUGGAGGAGGUGGUGGAAGUGGCGGUGGAGGUGGAGGUGGGUAUGGUGCAGGAGGAGCUCAAGGAGGUGGAUACGGCAUUGGAGGAGGAGGUGGAAGUGGUGCAGGAGUAGAGCAUGGUGGUAGUUAUGGUGGUGGUCAAGGAGGUGGAGCUGGUGGAGGCUAUGGCGGUGGGGGAGAGCAUGGUGGUGCUUCUGGAUACGGAGGUGGUGAAGGAGGAGGAGCUGGAGGAAGUUAUGGGGGUGGAGGAGAGCAUGGUGGUGCUUCUGGAUACGGAGGUGGUGAAGGAGGAGGAGCUGGAGGAGGUUAUGGUGGUGGAGGAGAGCAUGGCGCUUCUGGACAUGGAGGUGGUGCAGGAGGUGGUGCCGGAGGAGGUUAUAGUGGUGGGGGAGAGCAUGGUGCAUCAGGCUAUGGAGGUGGUGAAGGAGGUGGAGCCGGGGGAGGUUAUGGUGGUGGGGGAGAGCAUGGUGCUUCUGGCUACGGAGGAGGUGAAGGAGGUGGUGCUGGAGGAGGUUAUGGUGGGGGAGGAGAGCAUGGUGCUUCUGGUCACGGAGGUGGUGAAGGAGGUGGAGCCGGAGGAGGUUAUGGUGGUGGGGCAGAGCAUGGUGCUGGUUACGGCGGUGGUGAAGGAGGUGGUUCUGGCGGAGGCUAUGGAGCUGGUGGAGAGCAUGGCAUUGGUUAUGGAGCAGGCGGUGGAAGUGGAGGUGGAGGCGGAGCGGGCUAUGGUGCUGGAGGGGCGCAUGGAGGUGGAUAUGGAGGUGGAGGCGGAGCAGGUGGAGGGGCAGGAGGUGGAGCAUAUGGUGGCGCUGGAGGAGGCGGCCAUGGUGGCGGAGCUGGAUAUGGAGAAGGUGGUGCACAUGGUGGCUAUUCACCCUAAGAACUAAAAUAUCAAAGUGUCCCCUUUGAUGCAUCAAGAAUAAGUACUAUAUGUUAUUAUUAAUAAAAUCAUAUUCAUAAUUCAUAUUUAUAUUACAAGAGCGAGAUUAUCAUCUCAUGAUUCAUAUGUAACAAAAAUAUUUCUACAAUUAUUAAUUGUAAUAUUAUGAAACUAUUCUGAA